CUCUUCCCGGCAGCACAUGUUGCCGGCCCCGCUAUAAAGGCGGCCGCGGCCUCAUUGCAGCCCGUCCUUCUGCCUUCACGUUUCUACAGGGACGCCGCCAGCUCCAGUGCCGCCGCCAUGGCCAUCGACGCGUUUUUGGGCAAAUGGUGCCUCGUCUCCAGCGAGGGCUUCGAGGAGUACAUGAAGGAGCUAGGUGUGGGUAUGGCUAUGAGAAAAAUGGGAAGCAUGGCCAAACCAGACGUUUACAUUAUUAAGGAUGGGGACACAAUCACCAUAAAAACAGAAAGCACCUUCAAAACUUCACAGUUCAGCUUCAAGCUUGGUGAGAAAUUUGAGGAAAAUACAUUAGAUGGCAGGAAAACUCAGACCCUUGUCAGCUUUAAAGAUGAUGGGUCAUUGAUUCAAGAGCAGGAAUGGGAUGGCAAGAAGACCACAAUAACAAGGAAGCUAGUUGAUGGACAAUUGGUGGUGGAAUGUGACAUGAAUGGUGUCAAGUGUGUUCGAGUCUACCAGAAAGCAUGAGGACAUCUUCAGGUUCAGUAGGAACUUGCUGCAAACAACUCAGUUCAGUGGACAGAGCUCCUUUUCACUCCGUAUUUUCCUUUUCCCUGUUUUCUAGUAUUUCAAUGGACUGAGUAGCUGAGUGCAAUUCUUUUUAAAAGCCGUGAUGUAACUAUUAUGUAACUAUUCUGAACUUAGACUAUUAAAUAAAAUUGUCGAAUAUAUGAAGUGGAAAUGUUGUUACUAUAGUGGAAUUUUAAGUGAGGUUUUAUUAAAAAAACAGUUUGGUUUUAGGCUUUACUACAAUCUGCCUUUCAGCACGAGACAAUAUAUGGCAAAGAACAGUUAAUAGUAAGCUGAAUUUUGACCAACAUCAAUAUGAAAUUGAAACAACCCCAGAGCCCAAACUUUGAAUUUUUUUUUUCUAACUUCCAUGUUACAAAGUAACUAGAAUUGGGCGGGUAUAAGUACUAAAUAAGUUCAGUUGGUGUUUAAGUAGAGGAAUGGAUUUUCAGGGUUAGUUUGGUUUUUUGUAUUUUGAACCCACAGUUUUAUAUAUAUAUAUAUAUAUACACCAGUAAGCCAAUGAACAUGAUAAGUCUAAGCAAGCACAUACACACCUUUUGGAAAGGAAGCCUUAUUUUAAGAAGACUGUUUUCCUAACAAAACUCUUAUUCCAUGUCUAGGACUAUUCUAAAAAUUCUUAACCAAAAGCUACUGAAACACUGCCUAAAACUUAAAGCCUAAUUUUAUUUUAUUUUUUUUAAAACUUGUUUGAAACACCUAGCAAUGGAGUUUAUAUGCUUUGAAGUGCCAUAAUAAAUAAUCAGAAAUAUCA